AUGAAAAUUCCGAUGACGAUGAAAAUGAGUAAUAAGUUGAAGAGAAGUAAGAGCGAUAUAAUCAAGUACAAAACUGCUUGGGAAUACAAGGGUGCUCUUUUUUGUGAAAAAGAGUCGUCCGAGCCGCUUAAAUAUGAGGGUAAGGAUGUGAAUGCACAGCGUAUUGAACGUCAGGAUGGUAGGACGUAUUUGGCAUGUGAGGGACCAAAUUUUCUCACCGUUUACGAUUUCUGGGCUCUAGUCUGGCAGGAAAAUGUAACGACGCUUGUGUCGGCGAAUUUCCCGCAUGAGGAGCGCCUGUAUACGCCCGGAUGCCCAGAGGACAAAGAAACAAUCCAGUACUGGCCAAUAUGCAAAGAUGACACUUUCGCAUUCAUGCCAUUCAAAAUCACUUGCGUAAACACCACUCUUAUGAAUAAUUUAAAGCAAACAAUCGAGCUGUUCCCGACAUCCAAACUCAGGAAUUUCUAUUUUAUUGACAAAAGACCAUACUGA